AUGGGUUGUACAACAGGUAAACCAUUAAAAUAAAAUGUAAAAUAUUAAGAAAAUAAGUGCAUUGAUAAUAAAGCUAAUGGCAUUACAGAUUAAUAUAAUUAUAAUCAAGACAUAUAACAAUAAGGAUUUAAAGUUGGACCAGAAAUAUUUGUUGCUUUAAAAAAAGGUUUUAUUCAAAAUGAAUAUAAAUUCGGUAAUAUAUUAGGUGAAGGUGCAUUUGGAAGUGUUAGAUUAGUAGAAUAAAAAUCCUCUGGUCUUUUAAGAGCCAUGAAAUGUAUAAAGAAAAGCAAUAUAAUAAAAGAAGAAGAAGAAAAAAUGUUUGCAGAAGUAAGCGUAUUAAAAGAAUUAAAUCAUCCAAAUAUUAUCUCAUUAUAUGAAUUAUUUCAAGAUGAUGGUAACUAUUAUUUAAUUACAGAGUAUUGUGGAGGUGGUGAAUUGUUUGAAAGAAUUAAAUAAAUGGAAUCUUUUUCUGAAAGAGAAGCUGCUGAUUAUAUGAAAUAAAUACUUUCUGCUAUUGUUUAUUGUCAUUCUAAAGGAGUUGUGCAUAGAGAUUUAAAGCCUGAAAAUCUAUUAUUUGAUUCCAAAAACUAAAAUUCGAAUUUGAAAGUCAUAGAUUUUGGAACGUCAAGAAAAAUAGAUCCUACAAAAAAAAUGACAAAAAGAUUAGGGACACCGUAUUAUAUUGCUCCUGAAGUUCUUUAAAAAAAUUAUGAUGAAAAAUGUGAUAUAUGGUCAUGUGGAAUAAUAAUGUAUAUUUUAUUAUGCGGAUAUCCUCCUUUUAAUGGUAAUAAUGAAGCAGAAAUUUUUAAAAGUGUUGAAUAGGGUGAGUUUUCAUUUGAUGAGGAAGAUUGGUCUGGUGUAAGUAAAGAAGCAAAAGAGUUUGUCAAGAAAAUGCUUUAAAAAGAUUAUAAUAAAAGAAUUAGUGCAUAAAAAGCAUUUGAUGAUCCUUGGAUUUAAAAAAAUGCAUCAAAAUAACCAUUAAAUACAAAAGUAUUAAGUAAUUUGGGAUAAUUCCAUUCUAAAAAUAAAUUAAGAUCAGCUAUUUUAACAUUCAUAGCAACCCAUAUAGUCUCUUAAUAAGAAAAAGAAGAGCUCUUGAAAACUUUUAAAAAUUUAGAUUAAAAUGGAGAUGGUACAUUGGAAAGGCAUGAAUUAAUGGCUGGUUAUAUGUAAGUAAUGAAAGACAGAGCAUAAGCAGAAGAAAUGGUAAAUAAAAUAUUUGAUGAUGUAGAUGUAAACAAAUCAGGAAAAGUAGAUUUUUCAGAAUUCGUAGUUGCUGCUAUGUAAACCGAAAAACUUCUAUCAAAAAAUAAAAUCGAAAAAGCUUUCAAAAUGUUUGAUUAAGAUUAAAAUGGGUUUAUUGAAAAAAUUGAACUGUAAAAUAUAAUGGGAGGUACUGAAUUGGAUGAAGCCACAUGGCAAAAGUAUUUUAUAAGAUUGUGA